UAUCUGAAGAAAUAGCCUCAAGAUGAACUUCUUCCUGGAAACACUCCAAGUCUUCGGACUUUCUGUUUAUUACAUAUUGGAGUCGCUAGUGUUCUUGGUUGUGCCUAGACGGAAGAAGAAUGUUAGUGGUGAAAUAGUAUUAAUAACAGGAGCGGGAAGUGGCAUUGGAAGACUCUUAUCUUUAAAGUUUGCCAGCCUUGGAGCCACAGUGGUUCUCUGGGACAUUAAUCAAGAGGGGCUCAAGGAGACGAGUAGAUUGGCCAGAGAAAAUGGAGCAGGGAGAGUACACUGUUACAUCUGUGACUGUAGCAAAAGGCAGGACAUCUACAGAGUAGCUGAUCAGGUUAAAAAAGAAGUUGGCGAUGUUAGCAUCCUCAUCAACAACGCUGGUAUUGUAACUGGGAAGAAGUUUGUUGAUUCUCCAGAUUCACUUAUGGAAAAAACCAUGGAAGUGAACAUAAUGGCACACUUCUGGACUUACAGAGCCUUUCUCCCAGCAAUGAUGGCCUCUAACCAUGGGCACUUGGUUAGCAUUGCAAGUCUGGCAGGACUGUCUGGAUUCAGUCAUCUUACAGAUUACUGUGCAAGUAAAUUUGCAGCAGUUGGUUUUGCAGAGGCUGUUGAUGCAGAGAUGAGAGGUCUGGAAAAGACUGGUGUUAAAACGACAAUUGUGUGUCCUUCCUUCAUAAACACAGGAAUGUUUGAUGGCUGUAGAACCAAGUGGCCAAGGCUGUUGCCCAUUCUGGAGCCAGAGUAUGUGGCUGAGAAGAUAAUCACUGCUAUUCGUCAGGAUCAAAAAAUGUUGUUGCUACCACGCUGUCCUUAUUUGCUUUACGCUUUGAGAAAUAUUGUACCAGCGAAAGUACAGGCUCUCUUAGAGGUCUAUCUUGGAGUCCUCCAUAACAUGGAUAGCUUCAAAGGUCAAGCAAAGAAGGACUGA